AUGUCGACGACGGCUCAGCAGCAGCGUGCCAGCAGUAGCAGCACUGCUCAUCCAGAUGCCGACUCGGCCCCCACCACACUUGGGAGGCACGGCCGUGCCAGGCAUGCCCGGACAAACGCAUCCCUGACAUCCAGUUCUGGAUCCGUCGGCAUCACCUCUCCUACCUUUCCAAGGCGUACUUCCGCUCCAAAUGAGGCCACCCGCAUCUUUCAAGCGACAGGCUUCGAUCCGUUCAGCACUGAGCCAGACACCCUUUUCCGCUUAUUGACGGUCAAGGAGGUUGAUGCGUAUGAACGAGCCGUCAGGAGCACCGCACUUGGGAAGCAAGAGGAGCUCAGAAGUCUUGUCGGUCAACGUUACGAGGACCUGCUCGGCACAGCCACCACAGUCAUCGACAUGGCUGGCAGCUCGGAACAACUCUCAGAAAGGUUGCAGAAGCUCGCUGAAGGAGUCACGUCGGCUGCCGUCACCGAGGAACAAGGUCCUUCAUCACCGAAAGCCAGCCGUCGAAAAAGCUACCUUCCAGCACAGAAGAGUACCACAGCACCAGACUCGGAUGCUUCCUCGCUGCAUCGCGAAGCCAUCUACGUACUUGGAGCCUCGUUGCGACUCAUCAUGGACGCACCAGAGUACGUCUGGAAGUCGAUCGAGAAGGGCAAGACACUGCAAGCUGCUUGGGCUUUCUUGCUCACACGAGCGACGUGGCUGGACCUCAUCGAGUCGAGAUCGCAGUCGGCGCUCGCAAAGGAUGGCGAGGCUGGCAUCAGCUCGGUCGCCCAGGCCGUCUCGCUGCUCAAGGUUAACGUCAAGAAGGCGUUCCCGUUCAUUGAGAAGCAGUGGCAGACGAUGCUGCCGAUGCGAAAGCAGAUCGUAGCGAGGGCUGUAUCGCUUCUCUCAGAUACAGAGAUCGAAUCGAUGGCGGUGGUGGACCAGCUCGCAGCUCUCAUGCUCAUCGACGGGUCCAGGCUAGACCAAGCAAAACAGCUUUUGCUCUCGCAGAGACUCACUGGGAUGCACCGGAUGAUACAGCGACGACGAACAAAGCCGGAUUCACAUCUUCGCAACGAAAGCGCAGCACCAAUUAAGGACGAUCGAGCAGCGCAGAUCUCGCAGACGAUAGCUCAGCUUGUCACCCUCUUCGCUCGAACGCUUCAGCACGCGGUACAAGCUUUCACCCUGCCUCCGAAAGCAGACUCCUCAACGUCCACCAAACCGCUCUUACUCGACUUGGUCCGCACCAUCACAGACCCCGACAACCUCGUCUCAGGACAGCCUGCAGCAUCGCCAGCCGCUGAACGCACAUUGCUGUUCCCACACUCCGCCUCGAAUGGCGACGUCAGACAAAGCGCAGCUGCUCUGCGCGCCCUCCGCCGGCGGUCCAACCACGGUCUGCCGAUUGCAGAAGAGUCAGCCCAACCAGACUCUGCAGCGACGGCCGACCGCACGCCGAUCACACAAAGGCAGCUGCGCGUGUCCACGGUGUCUGUGGUGGACGCUCUGCCGAGCGGCAAGAUCCUCUCUCGCCUCCUUCCGGCCUCCUUCUGGUCCUUCACACCGAGCCUCAAUCUCGGUUCAACCACCUCUCACUCGCAAGAAGACCUCGCCGACCUGUCCAACUGGGCCGCAAAGGCGCGGGAGAGCAUAGUUCUCGGCACAGACAGCAAAAGUGUGACCCUACGCACGAUCAACUCUGACCUGUCAGACGUAUCCGACCUGGCCCUUGUCCGGCGCUCGCUCCGCAUCGCAUCGCAGCGUGCCCGGCGUACGAUCUCGCGCAAGCUCACGUUAUCGCCUUCCGCCGAACAGGCCGUGACACACAUCCACACGGAGCUGCAGCGGCUCGAAGAAGCGAUCGAUGCGAUAUUGCAGGAGCGUCUGUUGGAGCUGGCGGAGGGCAAGCUGUCCGUUGCGGUCCAAGAGCUGUUGCGUCGGACGAAGGAGAGUGUGGUUGCCAUUGCUGCAGUGCAGGUGGCCAGCCCGCUAGAUGACCUUUUCAAGCCGAUCGACGCGGAAUUGGCCUCCAACAACACUCUGCAGGCCCACGUCACCGGCCGCUCAAACCAGGUAGACAACCUUGCGCGUCUCUACGAGGACCCACUGGCGACGCUGACCGCGGAUCUGGAGGUGUAUAUGGCCGAAUUGGGAGAGCGGUUCGUCUCUGCGGCGAGUUCGAUUCGAGACAAGUUCGAGGGCAUCACCGCAGCUUCGCGCGGGGACAUCGAGCGUGGGCUGGACGCAAUGCUCGAUCAGCCGGACGAACGGGCUAAUUUGCUCGUCAUGCGGGUGAUCGCCGUCCUGGCAGGGCCGAAUGCGCCCCAGCGGCCGCGGCCUUCCGUGCUGGCGGCGUUGGAGAAAUGCUGGCGGCCGUCCGUCGAGCGUCGUCUUUCGCAGAUGCUCAGCGCGCCCGCUUCUGCUGAAAGCCCGAGCGAUGCGGUGUCAGAGUCGAUGCUCUCCGCGUUAGCCAUGUUGGCAGAAUCGAUCGUCCAACUAGGCCCCGCUAUGGCUGGACUCGAGCUUGCCCAGCUCGUCCGCACCAUCUUGACCAGCCUCACGACCAGCAGUGCCGUCUCAAAGCCAGACGCUGCAGCCUUGUCAGCUCUGCUUUCGUGCGACGCAUCCGGCCUGAGCACGCACAUCUCGGCCGAUGCUGGACUGCAUCGUGUCCGCCUAGCUCUCACACCCCUUCUCCUUGCGCUCUCACUCACCGCAGCCGGCUCGGCCACUCAAGUCAUCUCACCAGCAGAACCAGUCACAACAACACACAACGUCCAGCCGAUCAUCGCACUCUCACGUCGCCAAGUCGAGCGUUUCAGCCCGCUGCCGGUGCGCUGA